CCCACUGCUGGCGUUGAAUCACAGGAUUCAUUACAUCACAUUCUGCUCUGGCUGUGCGUAUUAAGAAGCUAGAGAGAACGUGGAGGUUGAAAACCAGUAGGAGGAUGGUGACUUCCUGGGUUCCCUUGAAUGAGGUGUAGGCUGGAGAACGAAAGUCUUCCCGGUUCCUCCUGGGACCUUAUGCUGCAGAGGUCUUGGACAAUGUCCGCUCUUAUCGUUCUCAUUUAACAUGGAGGAUGAGUUCUUUGGAGAACAAAGCUUCCAACACUGUUGUGCAGAGUUCAUCAGACAUUCACAGCAGAUAGGCGACGGCUGGGAGUGGAGAGCGGCCAAGGAUUGUUCCGAUGGCUACAUGUGCAAAACACAGUUUCAAAUAAGGAAUGAGACUCUGACACCACAUCUGGGAACACCUGGCAGUGUGCACACAUGUCUCCCCACAGAGGAGAAUUUAGAGCUGCCAACAGACGAUUCUGAAGUGAUGGGGCCUGCGGCUGCGGCGGAAGUGAUUAAACAUGAGUACCAUGUCUUGUACUCUUGUAGUUACCAAGUGCCCGUUCUCUACUUUAGGGCAAGCUUUUUAGAUGGGAGACCUUUGUCUCUGGAGGACAUAUGGGAAGGAGUCCAUGAAUGCUAUAAACCGCGGCUGCUGCAGGGACCGUGGGACACCAUCACCCAGCAGCUGCUGUCUCUAAUCAGUUUAUGUUCUACCAGAAAAUUUUUGAAGAUCGCGUGGAAGCUACUGUGCUGUGAGCAUCCAAUACUUGGACAGCCAUUUUUUGUUGUACAUCCCUGCAAGACAAAUGAAUUCAUGACUGCUGUGCUAAAGAAUUCACAGAAAAUCAAUAGAAACAUCAACUACAUCACAUCAUGGCUGAGCAUCCUGGGGCCAGUUGUUGGUCUGAAUUUACCUCUGAGCUAUGCUAAAGCAACAUCACAGUCGGAGUGAUUGUUGACAAGCAAGAUCUACUGAUCUAGAAACUGCAGCCUGAAGAACACCAAGAUCUGUACCUGGCAAGCCUUGGUUUUCAUAGAAAUGGGACUGCAGUAUCUCGGGUCACCAAGAUCUGAUGUGGAUUUCUUUCUUCCAAAACAUCUGCAGAAACCUGUUUGGAAUAGUGGUUGUGGAAGGAACAAGUCACAGAUUCAGAUCACUAUAAAUAACAAGAAAGAACCUAGUUCUUUGAUGAUGUCACUUCUGGCAUCAACAGGGCUUGCACAGACCAUUUUUGCCUAGGCACAAUCUCAAUGUGGAGAUUGAUGGGGAAGCGUAUUUGUGUGCUUGCUUUAGUGUAUGAUGUAUGAAAAUUAAAAUGUAGAACUUGCCUGUUUCUGAAAAUUAAUGUAAUAAAUAUGACCUAUCUUAAAUUAU